AUCCAAUCACACUACAACAAUUGAGUGGUUCUCUUAUCUCCAAGUGUUCACUCUACCUCUCUUUUUCCAUUAUUUCUCCAUAGGCGCGCGGCCAUAUAAUUUUCUGCCUCUUGCUUUUUGAUUCAUUUUCAAAGAAACUUCCCAAAAUUUCGUAGCGUGUAAUAUCUUUAUGAAAAACCCAAUCUUUCAACCCAAUUUUUUUGUUAUAAUUUUCUUCCUCUUGCUUUUUGAUUCAUUUUCAAAUAAACUUCCCAAAAUUUCGUAGUGUAAUAUCUUUACGAAAAACCCAAUCUUUCAACCCAAUUUUUUGUUCAUUCAAAUCAAGCAAAAAGGAGCUCUUGAAUCCCUCUCCAAAAAUCUUCCAACAUGUUCAUUCAUCGACUCCUUUUUGUUCCAGUAUUCAUAGUUUGUUGCCUCACAACACUUACAAAUGAAGCUACACUUCCAAAUGAUGAAGUGGAAGCUUUGAGAAGCAUUGGUAAGAUAUUGGGGAAGACAAACUGGAACUUUUCUAUUGAUCCAUGCAGUAGAGGCAAUAGUUGGUUGGACCAACCCACACGUUAUUAUGCUAAUAAUGUUACUUGUGAUUGCUCCUUCAACAAUAACACUACCUGCCAUGUCAUCCACAUAUUACUCACAGCACAAAAUCUCCUGGGUACUCUACCACCAAACUUAACAAGUCUUCCUUUCCUGCAAAAAAUUGACCUAACUCGAAACUAUCUUAGUGGCCCCAUUCCUCCAGAAUGGGGUUCUAUGCGACUCGUCAGCAUUUCCCUUCUUGGAAAUAGAUUAACAGGUUCAAUCCCAGGAGAGCUAGCAAAUCUCAGAAAUCUUACUUCUUUAAUCCUUGAGAACAAUGAUCUUUUUGGAACUUUGCCUGCAGCACUAGGGAAUCUAUCCAAACUUGAGCGAUUGGAUCUUAGUUCCAACAAAUUUACUGGUGAAAUACCUGAAGUAUUUGCAAGGCUGACUUCAUUGAAGGAAUUUCAGAUUAGUGACAAUAACUUUAUAGGACAGAUUCCUGACUUCAUAUUCCAAAAUUGGACAAAUCUCGAACAGAUAUAUAUGGAGGGAAGUGGUUUGAGUGGUCCAAUUCCAUCCAUUAAUGCUACUUUAGAAAACUUAGAAUACAUAAUAAUUAGCGACUUGAAUGGAGCUGAAACAAGUUUUCCACAACUAUUUAUCAAUGCCAGUUUGCCUAAAUUGGAUAGACUGAUGCUGAGGAGUUGCAAUCUCAUUGGAGAGAUACCUGCUUCUUUUGGGACAUUCACAACAAUACAUGUCUUAGAUCUCAGCUUUAACAGACUUCAUGGAAAAAUUCCAGAAGAGCUUUCUGCUCUUGCUUUGAAUAAUUUGUUCUUAAAUGGAAACAAUUUUACUGGAACAGUCCCUUCAUGGAUGCUUAAUACAAACGUAAAAAUCGAUCUUUCAUAUAACAACUUCACAGACACUGGUGUAUCAGACUGCCAACAAAAUAGCCCGAACUUGUUCUCAAGCAUUGCAAGAGUCAAUAACACGGGAAUUGUUCCAUGUUUGACAAGCCUAAUUAACUGCACAUCAGAACCUUUGCACUUUGUCCAUAUAAACUGUGGAGGGAGAAUAACAACUGUUAAUGACACCACUUACGAAGCCGAUUACGAUCAAGCCGGGCCUUCGACAUUUUACCGAAGUACCAACUGGGCAUUUAGCAGCACCGGAAUCUUUCUAAGCGAUGACCUCCCCGACGACAUCUUAGUUUUGGACAAUGGACAAGUUUCUGUGGAUGGUGAUGAAGAAGAACUCUACAUAAAUGCAAGGCUUGCGCCUAGCUCUUUGACUUACUAUGCAUUUUGUCUCGCCAAUGCAACUUACACAGUAAACCUCCAUUUCGCUGAGAUUCAAUUCACUGAUGAUCAAACUUAUAGCAGUUUGGGGAGACGAAUAUUUGAUGUUUACAUUCAGGGAAAGCAGGAGCUGAAGGAUUUCAAUAUUGAAGAAGAAGCUGGAGGGGUAAGCAUACCAAUAGUAAAAAAAUUUACUGUAAAUGUAACCGAUGGCACUUUGGAGAUCCAUUUCCGAUGGGCCGGGAAAGGGACAACUUCUAUGCCGGAGAGAAGCAUCUAUGGUCCUCUUAUCUCAGCAAUAUCUAUUUUCGAUCCUGGUUAUAAACCUCCAUCAAAAAGUGGUGGUCGUAUCUCGACAGCUACAAUGGCUGGUAUCGUUGCUGGAGCAACGUUUGCUACUUUGUUGAUUGUAGGCAUCUUUUGGUGGAAUUGCUGUUAUAAAUUAGAUGAUGAAGUAUCUGGUGUUCUCUUUGGCGAUGAAUUCCAAAAUGGGAUGGAACUUAGGAAGUUUUCCUUGGUACAAAUAGCUAAAAUGACCAAUAAUUUCAACGGUGAAAAACUAGGAAAAGGAGGGUUUGGUGUAGUUUAUAAAGGGUACUUGAGGGACUCGGAUACUUAUGUUGCUGUUAAACGGAUUUCAAAAGCCUCUAAGCAAGGAAUUAAGGAAUAUGCAUCUGAAGUGAAGAUUAUUAGCCAAUCAAGGCACAAGAAUCUUGUGAAGCUUAUUGGUCAGUGUCAUGAAAAAGGAGAACUUAUACUUGUUUAUGAGUUAAUGGCUAAUGGCAGCCUAGAUUCCCAUCUUUUUAAAGGUAAGACCUUAUUGACCUGGGAAGUGAGAUUUAAAAUUGUGCAGGACCUGGCAUCAGCACUAUUCUAUCUUCAUGAAGAAGGUGACCAUUGCGUACUACACAGAGAUAUCAAAGCGAGCAACAUUAUGUUAGAUUCUAGUUUCAAUGCUAAACUUGGGGAUUUCGGGCUUGCUAGGCUAGUGGAUCAUGAAAAAGCGUCACAAACCACCCAUUUAGCUGGGACUUUGGGCUAUUUGGCACCUGAAUGUGUUUCAUCGGGAAAAGCUAGUAAGGAAUCGGAUGUCUACAGUUUUGGAGUUGUGGCAUUGGAGGUUGCAUGCGGUAGAAGAUCAGUAGAGUCCAAAUAUGAAGAAUCUCAAGUUUCAUUGGUAGCUUGUGUGUGGGAUUCAUAUGGAAGCCAACGGUUGCUUGAUGUAGCUGACCCAAAAUUAAGUAUGAACUUUGAUGCUAAACAAAUGGAAUGCUUGUUAAUGAUUGGAUUGUGGUGCGUCCAUCCAGACCCGCAUUUAAGGCCAUCGAUAAGGCAAACAAUUCAGGUUCUUAAUUUUGAAGCACCAUUGCCGAAGCUUCCAAGUACGAGGCCAACUGCUACAUAUAAUGCACAAAUCACUUCAGAAAUUCAAACAAGUGAGCCAUGUUUUUCUGAUAUGAGUAUCACGUUCCCGCGUUAGAUAUACAUAAUAUUCAAAUUGAUAAAAGAUGUCUAUUGACACUAAUAUAUAUAUCAAUACAUAUUUAAUGAUUAAAUGCUUUUAAUAUAUGAAAUAAAUAGUUUAAAUUUACACAACAA